AUGUUUGCCAGGUCAUUCGCCUUCCGGGCAUUUACACAGCAAUGUUAUGGAAGCUCGAUACCACUCAGAUCGAAUUUACCUUCAACAUGGAGGUACCUAUCUUCGAGUGUUCCUCGAGCCAAAGCUGUUGUCAAACCCAAGGCGGCUCGUAGUCCCGUAAGGACCUCACAACCCGCUGAGGAGACGCUCAAGUUUGCAGGCAGACGACCCGAAGGCUUUGGCAAAUUAGAACGAAAAGUCGCGAAAGAGGGCAACAUACUACUGUUCAAGGCACCGUCACAUCGUACUUAUGUGCUAGGUGCCUACGGCAUCGCGGCCUUCUGCUUUGCUUACUCAGUGUACAACUCCAACAUUGUGUUCAGAGAUCCGAUUGUGCCUCUUCCAAUGUGGCAGCAGGGUCUCUUUGGUGGUAUUUGCGUUAUGAUGAGCGUUAUGGGAACAGUAUUCCUCGUCAAAACCAGUCGAUUGAUCAACUCCGUGAAUGCCAUCAAUCUCAAUGGCAAGACAUACCUUCGUUUCAGUGUCCGGAGCAUGGUUCCAUUUCGGAAGCCCUACGAGGUUGAUGUUCUUCCCCGCCAAGUAGCCUUCUCUCGCCGCCUGGUGGUAUCGCCUGAUUCUCUUCAUCCCGAAGUGGCCCAGACCACGCCGCCCAAAAAGGUGAGCAUCUACAGGGCACCUUUGACAAAGAUGAGCCAGCUUCUUUGGAAAUUGUUCCGCUCUGUGCGGCAGUUAUUCACGCAAGAAGAUUUCAUCCUUAUGGAAAUCGAGGGCCAGAAGGGCGUUUUCCGAAUGGAUUCAGCUGGAUAUGUCUCCGAGGAUUUCUUGGUGCUUGGGAACCCGUUGAGUUUCAGACGUCCGUAA